AUGGGGGAAGCAAAUAUCCCUUGCCUCAACAUAGCUCUGGUCUCGGAAGAAAAAUCGACCUAUCUAAAGCUCGGUUAUUCGGAAGAGCAGUGCGCGGCACUGCCACACGAAGGUGAAAUUGAGGCUGUCUUGGCUACACUCGAGAGUCUGGGCUACCAUGUCACGCUGGUGUCUGGCAUACAAUCCCUGGUCCAGCUACUAGCGGCAGGGAAGCAUAAGGGCUGGGAUCUAGUUUUCAACAUGGCACAAGGCCUCCACGGAUCUGCGAGAGAGGCACAAGUCCCGGCGAUAUUGGAAGCGUAUCAAGUUCCUUAUACAUUCAGCGACGCCGCGACAAUGACAUUAUGCCAGAACAAAGCUGUCACAAAGACUAUUUUAGAACGUUACAAGAUUCCUAACGCGCCUUUUGCCUUAAUUCCCGUGCUAGAGGGGAGGGCGAACAUUUCUGAAUCUUGCGCAGCGCUGCCAGCUUAUCCACUAUUUAUUAAGCCGGUCAGCGAAGGAUCCUCGAAAGGAAUCGAUAAUCUCAACAAAGUGAAUGAUUUAGCGGAAUUGGAAACAGCAGUACAAGAAUUGGGAUCCAAAUUUCCAGACCAAGAUAUUCUUGUAGAAUCAUUCUUGUCGGGCAGGGAAUUUACAGUGAGCAUAUUGGGGACCGGAUCACAUAGCCAGGUUAUUGGCAUCAGAGAACAUAUCUGGCGAAUGUCUCCCAAUCACAGCAAUAACAAUGAUGACCGCUUAAAUCCAUCGCUGGACUUCGCUUGCGUACACAGCAAGUCCAGUAAGGGAGGUAAGAGGUUAGUAUAUAAUGACUCGCACGACAAGACUGAACCUCAAAUCAAGGCUGCCUGUCAGGUCGCUUUAGAAGCUUGGAAAAUUUUCAAAUGCCGAGAUUGUGGGCGUGUCGACAUCCGCUUGAGUUCAGACAGACAAGGUUCCAUUCCGAAUGUCUUAGAAGUGAAUCCUAUUGCUGGCCUUCUUCCAGAUCAUUCACCAUUACCAGCGACGGCGAAGAUAAGUGGGCUUUCCUUCGAGAGACUCUUGUCUGAAAUUGUUGGAAGCACCCUUCAUCGAGCAAAUCAUCCGAAUUUUCGUGCCGAUCGCAGGCAAUAA